AUGGCGGUCGAUCUGAUGAGUUUCCCGAAGAUGGAUGAUCAAAUCGCUAUACAAGAGGCAGCAUCGCAAGGUUUGAAGAGUAUGGAGCAUUUGAUUCGUCUUCUUUCUCACAAGCAAUCUUCAAACCAUGUCGAUUGUUCUGACCUAACUGAUGCAACCGUUUCCAAGUUCAAGAAAGUCAUUUCUCUCCUCAAUCGAACCGGUCACGCCAGAUUCCGGCGAGGUCCGGUUUCUUCGACUUCCUCAUCGUCUUCCGGUUCAUCCGCUCAUCUCUCUCAAAAUCAAGCCAUGACUCUCACUCCUACUCCGUUCACUUCACCGCCGAAUGUUCCUGCUCUGCCGUUUACCGCUCCGGCCACUGUCGCUCAGCCACAGACAAAAGUCGUUGCCACCGCCGCGAACUUUCUAUCUCAGCCUCAGAGUAUGACUCUUGAUUUCACUAGACCGAAUAUUCUGAACUCUAACCCUAAGGGAGCCGAUUUGGAAUUCUCUAAAGAGACCUUCAGUGUCUCUUCGAGCUCAUCGUUUAUGUCCUCUGCUAUCACCGGAGAUGGAAGUGUAUCUAACGGAAAAUUAGGAACGUCGAUCUUUUUAGCACCAGCGCCAACUGCUUCCGGCGGUAAGCCUCCGCUCUCGGCGGCACCUUACAAGAAGAGGUGUCACGAACACGAUCAUUCCGAAGAUUUAUCCGGGAAAUUCUCCGGAUCAACAUCAAUCUCCGGAAAGUGCCAUUGCUCGAAGAGAAGAAAAAAUCGGAUGAAGAAGACCAUCCGAGUCCCGGCUAUCAGUUCAAAAAUCGCCGAUAUUCCACCGGACGAGUACUCAUGGAGGAAGUACGGUCAGAAGCCGAUCAAAGGAUCUCCAUACCCACGGGGGUAUUAUAAGUGUAGCACGAUGAGGGGAUGUCCGGCGAGGAAACACGUGGAGAGAGAUCCGAACGAUCCAGCGAUGUUGAUUGUAACGUACGAAGGGGAGCAUCGCCAUACACAGAGCUCAUUACCGGAAAAUAUGGCGGCGGCUGGAGGAGUAGCUUUAGUUUUUGAGUCAAGUUGA